UAAUCAACGAGCUGCCUUCCGCCGCUCGCGGCAACCUGACCAAUAGCCGGUGUGAGAGGGCGGGAUCAGACGGGCUAGCGGGUUUGUGUGAGACGUAGAGUGAUGCGGAGCUGGAGAAGAUGGCGGACUUCUUGAAAGGACUACCAGUCUAUAAUGAAAGCAAUUUCAGCCGGUUUCACGCAGAUUCAGUUUGCAAAGCUUCGAAUAGGAGACCGUCUGUAUACCUCCCAACACGAGAAUAUCCGUCGGAACAGAUCAUUGUGACAGAAAAGACCAAUAUUUUGCUUCGAUAUCUCCAUCAGCAAUGGGACAAAAAGAAUGCAGCAAAGAAACGAGAUCAAGAGCAAGUGGACAUUGAAGGCGAGAGCUCUGCACCACCCCGGAAAAUCGCCCGCACAGACAGCCAGGAUAUGAUUGAAGACACCUAGUCCUUUGAACUCCAGAUGCAAGUGCUUCCCUUUUCAUCAUGUAAUGUCUUACCGUCUCUCCACCGUGCAGCCCUUCAUUUGUAUAUCAUAGGAGCACCUUUAUUUAUUUACAUAUAAUUUAUGGCCUGGGGGAGGGGAGCAGGGAGGCAGGUGGGGAUUUCAAGUAGAACAAAUGGAAGCCCAGUGCAUAUCCAGUCGGUAUCAGCGAAUGACUUAACUGCUCCAGGUUUUACUGGGGGUCUGGGGCAGAGACUGGAUGGAUGUAAUGCAAAAUCUGUGGUGAAACAUUGUAAGAGUGAGAGCUUCCAGGAAUGGCAAUAGUUUUGCAGUGUGCAUCUCUCCAACUGGUACUGUUCACAAUGUCUAAAUUGACAUCUCCCUUGUCUAUCACCAGACAGUUUUAAGCCCCCGAGAGGUUUGAUUAAGCACACUUUGCUACUGAGGUGCUUGUCUUGAUCUUCAGACAGAAGCAGACCUGUCUGCUUCACUAGUUACAACUGUUGAAACCCUCUUGCCCUCAUCAUAAUAGAGGACUUCCCCAUAGCUGCUUUGGUUGUUUUCUUGAGGUUCCACACAACAAUCCCCCUACCCCAUCCUCCUCUCACUAGUUCUUGCUUAGAGCAUCAGAAUGCAAGAAAAGUGGGAACUAACUGGGCUGAUCCACCCCAGACCAGCCUCAGCUCUUUAGUGAAUGUUGCAAGAUUGGCCUGGAAACCUUUGGCAAUUGCAGCAUUGCUGGGUGUGCUAGGCACAUGUCAUUCAUGUCCUGCACAGGUUAAACCUUUGGGACUGUUCACUGGCCUUGUGGGACCUUCAGUUUUAUGCUUUAGUUUGAGAAAGGGAAGCCAUUUUGUAUAGGUUUGUUGUUUUUUUUAAAAAAGAAUAAAUGUUUUUGAAGUCCAAAGAGUUAAUGUCAGGCAUGCUGGCAAAUCACUGAUUCUGACUCUCUGCAUGUUGAGGGAUCGCUUCCAGGGAGCCUCAGAAGGACAUCCCAGCCCUGAAAUGACAGCACUGGUGUUUAAUGCAUUUGUAUAACAUUGAUUUUUCCACAAUUUUAACACAGGCAUUGACUUUUUAAAUGCCAGACUGGAGAGAGCAGUAUGCAGCGUAGCUUAAGACUAUGUUACGUUGUUCUUGUGUUGAUGUCACACAUGCUGCAACUUUUGUCUGUGGUGCAGUAAACCCUUUUCUAAGCAUUUUUUUUGAGUGAGCUUAACUACUGGCAGAGAAAAAAAACUUCCACCUGCUACACCUUCACUGAAACUUAGCUUCAAAGGCCAGUUUCUGCUUGAUUUCAUAACAUUUUGCUCAGCCUGAAAUCUUACCAUUAUCAGUGUGAAAGUUGGGGGGAAAUGUACUGACUACAAGGAAGGAAGAGCAAGAGAUGCCACCGCUUUUGUUGCUGGUCUGAAUCUGAGGCAAGAAGUGGAUAGACACGUUUAAACUAAAUCUGAGGCACAGAGGUCCAAAGUUGGGUUAUGUCUCAUGCAUGGGCCAUUGUGGCAGAAUGUUGUUCUGCUUCUAGCUCGAGCUGGUUCUCCACUGUUACUCCUUUCUCUAUACUUCACCUAUUCCUCCUUCCCUCCUUGCUAAGUCUUUGGACUAUUCAGUUUCUUUAAGGAAUGUGAGGACCCUGUUUUAGACUUGGCACAACCUCAAGUCUUAUACAGUAAUUACAGAUAGCAUUAAAUAUUUUCUACAUUCGCAACCAUUUUUCUCUUUUCCUGUUUUAUCCCUAAAGCACCCCCCACCAUAACAGAAUUGCUGCUUCAUUCCCAUUGUAUGCAGUGCUCCUUGCUGUGACACUGUUUGUGUUCCUUGCCAUUCUUUGUUGAUAAGCAUGGAAAGGGAAUUGAAUUAAGUUGAAGUUGUCUUGCCUUUCAUACCUUGUCAAAUUUUGCCAAAAUGAUUCGCUUUCGAUCAAGGUCUGGUAUGCAGUUCUGGAUUGCUGUGGGUGUGGAUCGAUAUGUGUUACUGCAUUUACCCUGUGACUGCAGCUCCCUGAUGUUCUGAUAUCAUUGUGACUGAGGUAAAAUUAUAACUUGCCCUUCUGUUAUCAACCAAAUUAAAUCUCCAAGCCAGGUGACUGAUUAUCAGGAAAAUUGGGGACAAAAUGUUUCUUAACCAGAAGCUGUUGUGUGUCAUCCAGUGCUUCCUUUCUCUAUAGUCCUGUGAUGGUCUUGUGAUUCUACAUGGUCUUUCUAAGGAGCUGUGGGUUUUUUUUAGUGGUGGGCAUGAGUGAGGCUGAUGGUCAAUUAAGGACUACUACUUCCUGUGUGGGCUGGUCCUUCAGCCUGAAAGUGGAGCUGUACUUUUCCAUUCUCAGGGUCAACACUGCUCUCACUGAGGAAGAUGAGUAAACGGCCUUGGUUUCACCCACAAAGAACCUGUGAUGUCAAACGCUCGGAGCAUCAAAGCCAUUAUACCUCUCUGCUCUGUGUAUAUGACCUUGAUUUGGAGUUGGCACAUGUGAACCGUUAGCAGAUAAUGUUAUGCCAAAGCUUUGCUGAUAACAUUGUGCAAACUGUACGCAAGCUGAAACAAUUUCCGUGGCUUGUGUGGUUCCCCAACAGGUGUUAGUCCCCUCAAACACUUUUCUUUCUCUCCUCCUUCUCCUUAUCAUAUUUUGAAAAAGACGCUUUCUCAGAAUUUGAACAAUAGCUCACUUGUAAAGUUGCGAAGUUUUCAGCCUGACAGAUGGCAAAAUUUAUUCAGAUUUGCUAAUGCCUGCCUUCUGACACACAUUGAAUGAAACACACUGUUGUUAAUACUCUGGUGUUUAGCAUGUGGCAUCACCUAGAUUUCAAUCCUCAUUGUCAAUGAUUCUAGACCAGGCUGGGGGUGAGUUGUUGUCAGGUUAAACACUGAAUUAAUUUUCCCAUAAUUAAGUUUGUCUAAAGCCACUAUGUUAAUAAAAGUAAAGGUCAUGGUCUAGAGAGGGCUUUAUUGUCAUGAGAACAUGAGAGGUUCCAGAGAAAUGCAGGUCCUUUCUAAUGAUUGUGGCAAUAAAAAUAGAGAAGAUGCUGGAGAUACUUAGCUGGUCAUGGCAGAAUCCAUGGGGAAAUAAUUACAUUUUUGUUGAUCUUUCAUUCGAACAUUAGUUCAUCAACCUGAAUUAUUAACUUUUUCUGUCCUCAUCUAUUGCCUAACCUCUGUGUGUUUCCAGCAAUGUCAUUUUUUUAUUUCCAGUUGUUGGGAUUUGGCUUUUAUGAAAGUCUUUCAGGACAUAUUCCCCGCACUUCUGAUACUUGGUUUUAAAUCCAGUCCCUAUUGUUGAGCAGAAUUUUUUAGCUCUCUCAACGUGACAGCUUAGAUGCUUACAAAUCCAUAGCACCAAUAAGUGGGCUUAAUUUCACUAAUUUACCAGCAUGGUUUAGGCCAUCCAGAAGAGAUUGAUUGGGUGGGGGGGGGGGGGGGGGGGGGUGGUGAGGUGGUGUAAUGUAGUCAAUGCCAUCUAAUUUAGUGGAGGGGAGGUUGUGAAAAUACUGUUCCAUGCCUAUAACUUAAAACAGUGAGCUGCAGUUUGCAUCUUAAUCUAUAGUAGUGAAUGUAACCAAAAACACAAAUGCUGUGCUUCCUUUCCAGCAGGUUACUUGCUGAAGAUUGUAAUCCCAGCAUUGGCAGUGUUGUGAAGUUAAAUACAUAAUUUCUAUAGUUUGUCUCCCUUCAAUUUGAGAUUGGGCCAAUGUUCCUCACAAAAAUUAUAUUAAGCAUUCAGAAAGGGGGUAGCUGGAGUUUUAAACAGGUUCCUGUCAUUCACUGAAUGGCAAUGAAUUUGUGGGACAAAUCCAAGUGUGCACAGUUACUGAGGAGCUGUUCUUUCCCUCCCAUCCAUGCUGUCAGAUCUCCUAGCUCCUUGGGACAAGAUUGCAGUAGAUCAUGCUCCUCAGGGCUAAUCGGUGCUUUCAGGCACAAUGUGACAUUAUCGUUGGUGGAGCAUGGGUGGGGUGUGAAAAGAGCCCAGAUUUUAGUGUGUCCUUUCUCCCUCUGCAGUGAGUUGCUUUUUGAACUUGGAUGAAGUGCAUGUGAUGCUCCUGGUCUGAAAAUGUCGCACCAGCUGCGAGAGUGUUCACGUCAGCUGUGUUUUCCCCCAUUCUUUCGUGCAAUACACACACACACACACACACACACACACACACACACACACACACACACACACACACACACACAGUCAGUUGCACUGCUCCUGGCAUGAUGAAAUCCUUCUGAACUCUCUAAUCAUGGAGUCAGGAGCCUGGACAGUGGUUUUUGGGUAUUAUCUUUGGAUACUCUAAUUGUUUCUAAGUUUUAAGCAUCAGCAUUCUACACCACCACGUUCGCUGACACUGGAGUGAAUGGAGUCUUGCUUUUUAUAGCUUGCUGUCUAGUGCAGUCUACUACAGGUGCACAACUAUCCCUGUGUCCACAGGAGAUGGGACAAUGGACCAGCUCUUGUUCAAAUAUCAUUGCCCAUCACUGUACCAGCACAUUGUACAAAGUUGCUCUUCCCUGCUUGCUCCCUCGAUCACCUUUAAAUUUGCUCUGCAUGAACUAUGUGAGCUGUUACCAAUCAAUAGCUGGCUUUUAUCGGAUUUUUUAAAUAAAUAAAAUGCCACAGAAGCCUUGUAAUAAAGGUGUUUGUAAGUGUGAAGAAUGUAAACUUUUUUUGUAUUACUGGGUCCAGACCAGUGUGAUUACCGAGUUGAUCAGAGCCAUUGGUGGAUUAUAGACUGAUUGUUUAACAAGUCCGGGCAUGGCCUGCUAACACAAAGGGAGCAGCAUUCCCAGGUUGUAUCUGUAUUGAACUGAAUGUUUCUGUCUGACCUCCCACUCCCUUCCUCAUGAAAAGCUACAGACUCCUGUAUGAGGGUUUGGUUAAACAGCCACCAUGAGAUGUCAUUCUAAGAUUCUGGGGAUUGUUUAGGUGGUGGCAAGGUGAUGUUGCAGGAUAGUAACAGUCCUAAGGUAAGGAAACACUGGGCAGAUUGAACCGACCGAUAGCCCAAUAAUUGGCAUUGAACCUGGCUCUGAUUUGUGGUGCAGGUAUUUGUAAGGGAUGGGGCAGCUAGGAACCUGGAGAAGUGGUGAGAUGUCUGGGUGGCAGGCCCUCAGUGCUGAGUGCUCAUAUACUAGCUUUAGCUCUGAUUAUUAGUACUCCUGUUGUUCACACCCUUUGAUCUCUGCUGUACAAUCAACCCUGCAGCCUUAUCUGCACCACAUGUUUUCAAACUGUCAAUAUGGGUCCCAGAAAUACUUCCCAAGCUGGUUUUGCUCCUGCUUGUUGUAACCAUUCUGUGUUACUCUUUCAUUUUCCCAAAUGUUAUAAAUUAUUCUUGUUGCUGUGUCUCUACCUGGAUUCAGUGGCUACACUCUCGCUUAAGUCAGAGCAUUGAGCGUUCAAACCCCUACUCCAGGUGUUUGACCAGAAAAAUGUAGGCUGACGCUUCAGUACAGCACUGAGGGAGUGCCACACUGCUGAAGGUGUUACCUUUCAUAUGAGAUAUUAAAUCAAGGCCAGGCCUGCACUUUCAGGUGAAUGUGAAGGUUCUAAUAUGCUGAUUUGGAAAAGAAAAGUUGGGGGAUUCUCCCUGGUGCUUUUGCUAGACUUUGUCCCUCAGACAUCAUCACUGAAAUAUAAUCUGUUUGUAGGAGCUUGCUGAGUGCAGGUUACCAGUUGCAUUUCCUACGUUACGUCAGUGACUACACUUCAACAUGUACUUCAUUGGCCCUGAAGUACUGUGGUGGUGUUGGGUGCUAUAAAAAUGCAAAUUUUUUUCACUAUCAAUACCUUUUCUUGCUUUGAAUAAAUGGCAAAGCCUUUAUUAGAUGUAGAGUAGGCAAACUUUGGAAUGUGUGUGGGGAUGGGUGGGUUUUCCUGGGAGAGUGCCAAGAUGUAUACUGAGUCUUUUGUUGGGAAAUAAAAAUAUUUGAAGAUCACAGCACUUAUGUAGUGGGAACCUUCCUUAAGGUUAGUUUGCUAGUGAGGGGCUGGACCCCUAGGGUCAGUUAUUUCUUGCUUUAGAACAACCUGGCGGGGUUCCCAUGAGAGAUCCUGCAACAGCUUAACUGUGCAGAAGAUGUGUGAAGAUCAUCAGUCAAUCUCUGAUCACCACCUUUAUCCCUCCCCCUAAAUUGGCUACUGCUUGUGGUGAUGGGCUGUUUGACCACAGAGAAUCGCAAACAGCUGGAAUUCUGAUUUCAUCACGUGCAUGUACUUCCGAACUAAGGUGACUAGUUAGUGAACAUGUGCAGUAAGCACAGAUUUCUUGAUUUUUGUUUUAUAUGUAUAUCUAUCCCCACAUCCCCCUCCCUUUUGUUCCCCACUUCCUCAAAGUAGCAGGGCCUAUCUUUGCUUUAGGCUGUAAUGCAUCAACUCCACACAGCCUGGGUCCUAUUCUAACUUGUGGGGCUCAGUAGCAGUGAUGUGGGACGCGGUGGUAAAGAUUGAAGUGAGGGUGUGAAGGGAUUCCUCAUAUUCCCCUUUUAAAAGAAAUAGUGAAUUGGAAAAGAAAUGAGCUGGUGAGAUCACCAUCAGUAAUUACCUUGAUCUGGUCUAUUGCUGCUCUCUGAAUUUGUACAAAUUUUUUUGAGCUCUCUAUUGUGGAUUUAGCAAACAAAAGCUAAUGUACCUUCUAGAUGCAAAUUAAAAUAUUUUGACAA